GUUGACGUAUUAUACAUUUUUUAAAAUAAUUUAUACAAAAAAAUUUAAAUGGUUGAGGCAGUAGUUGCAUUUUUAUUGAUGGAGGAAGAAAGUUGUCAACGAAUUAAUUGGAAAAUUUUAAGGGAUCACAGCAAUCCAUUGGAACUGCCAGAAUCUGUAUUCAUUGGACAAUACCGUCUGAAUAAAGAAGCGUCCGUAAUGGUGUUGGACAUUGUAAAAGAACAUUUGUUACCAUCAACCAUUCCCUGCGUUAUUCAACUCGCUGCAACAUUGCUAUUUUUAGAAGAAGGGUCUUGCCAAAUGUCAGUUGGAGACGAUUCCACCAUAAGUCUAGGCAAAACUACUGUAUCAGUUGUAUUGUGGCCAGAUUAAUGAACUUUAAACCCAUUAACAUCCUUAUUCGGCAGACCAGUACCGUUUAGAGAAGCCGUCAAUAUCUGCCAAAGAGAAUCCACUAAAACUUUAUCGCGUUUUGUGAAACCUUUUGCUAUAUCUGGGUUCUUCUCCAUGAACUCUAAAAAUAAUUCAUUCUGUGUUGCAUUUCUAUGUUUGCCCCUAUUUGUG